GGCGGGAGCGCCGCCCGUCGCAAGAUGGCUGCGGCCAUGCUAGGCCGCGGGGCCGUGUGUGCGCAGCGGGCGGCGGCGGUGGCGCUGCCCCGGCGGCAGUCGCGUAGGCGGCGCUAGCCCGGCCCUCGGCCCCAUUUCGCGGUGGUCACCUCCGCCUCUCCCCGCCUAGCCCGGUAUGGAUCUGCCCGUGGGCCCCGGCGCGGCGGGGCCCAGCAACGUCCCGGCUUUCCUGACCAAGCUGUGGACCCUCGUGAGCGACCCGGACACCGACGCGCUUAUCUGCUGGAGCCCGAGCGGGAACAGCUUCCACGUGUUCGACCAGGGCCAGUUUGCCAAGGAGGUGCUGCCCAAGUACUUCAAGCACAACAACAUGGCCAGCUUCGUGCGGCAGCUCAACAUGUACGGCUUCCGGAAGGUGGUCCACAUUGAGCAGGGUGGCUUGGUCAAGCCAGAGAGGGACGACACUGAGUUCCAGCACCCGUGCUUCCUGCGUGGCCAGGAGCAGCUCCUCGAGAACAUCAAGAGGAAAGUGACCAGUGUAUCCACUCUGAAGAAUGAGGACAUAAAGAUUCGCCAGGACAGUGUCACCAAGCUGCUGACCGACGUGCAGCUCAUGAAGGGGAAGCAGGAGAGCAUGGACUCCAAACUCCUGGCCAUGAAGCACGAGAACGAGGCCCUGUGGAGGGAGGUGGCCAGCCUGCGGCAGAAGCACGCCCAGCAGCAGAAGGUCGUCAACAAGCUCAUCCAGUUCCUCAUCUCACUGGUGCAGUCGAACCGGAUCCUGGGGGUGAAGAGGAAAAUCCCCCUGAUGCUGAACGACAGCAGUUCGGCACAUUCCAUGCCCAAGUAUGGCCGGCAGUACUCCCUGGAGCACAUCCAUGGCUCGGGCCCCUACUCGGCUCCUUCCCCGGCCUACAGCAGCUCCAGCCUCUACUCCCCAGAUGCCGUCGCCAGCUCCGGACCCAUCAUCUCUGACAUCACCGAACUGGCCCCCAGCAGUCCCUUGGCCUCCCCAGGCGGAAGCGUGGACGAGAGGCCGCUGUCCGGCAGCCCCCUGGUACGCGUCAAGGAAGAGCCCCCCAGCCCUCCUCGGAGCCCCCGGGUGGAGGAGGCCAGUCCUGGACACCCGUCCUCUGUCGUGGAGAUACCCUUGUCCCCAACCGCCCUCAUUGACUCCAUCCUGCGGGAAAGCGAGCCUGCCCCCACCACCCUGGCCACACCCCUCACGGAUGCAGGGGGCCGCCGCCCCUCACCCUCGCCCCCACCUGCCUCGGCCCCUGAGAAGUGCCUCAGCGUAGCCUGCCUGGACAAGACUGAGCUCAGUGACCACUUGGACGCCAUGGACUCCAACCUGGACAACCUGCAGACCAUGCUGACGAGCCACGGCUUCAGCGUGGACACGAGCGCCCUGCUGGAUGUGAGCACCUCCCCGCCCCCACCCUGCUCACAGCCCACGGGCACAAUCCAGGAGCUCCUCUCUCCCCAGGAGCCGCCCAGGCCCCUUGAGGCAGAGAAUAGCAGCCCCGACUCAGGGAAGCAGCUGGUGCACUACACGGCGCAACCCCUGUUCUUGGUGGACCCGGGCUCCGUGGAUAUGGGAAGCAGCGACCUGCCCGUGCUCUUCGAGCUGGGGGAGGGUUCCUACUUCUCGGAGGGGGACGACUACACAGAUGACCCCACCAUCUCCCUGCUGACGGGCUCUGAGCCCUCCAAAGCCAAGGACCCCACCGUCUCCUAGAGGCCCCAGGAGGAAGGCUGGCUAAGGGGCUAGGCGUGGACCCCGGUCAGCAGCGAGGGCCCCAGCCCUGUGUGCCAUGGCUUGCUUAAGGCUUUACAGCCACACUGGGACUGACCAGCACUGCGGGAGUUCAGUCAGGAUUGUAUUUUGGAUUUUUACAUGAGUCCCCCUCACCCCUUCAGUAGAGAUAUACACAUGCACAGACAGACGGACGGACGAGACUGGCAGAGACCUAUAAACAACAGACUCC